CAAAGAGAGACAUCAAAAAGAGGUUGGCACAGAGGAAAAAAGUAACAACAAUGCCAACUUAAAUGCAAAAUCAGCUGAAGAUUUUACAGAAGAUAGCAAAACAAAUAAUGAAAAGGAAAAAAAGCAUAAAAAAGAUGCUGAAGUACCAGUUAAUAAUAUGCUCUAUGAU